UCGGCCGGCGCGGAGGCGGCGCAUGCGCAGUCCGAGGGGGAGCCGACGGCGGCGGCAGCGGGGAGGUGUGAGGAACAGACAUGGAUGUCCAGAAAGAUGUUCAGCCUCCCAAGCAGCAGCCAAUGAUUUACAUCUGUGGAGAGUGCCACACAGAAAAUGAGAUAAAAUCCAGGGAUCCGAUCCGAUGCAGAGAAUGCGGAUACCGGAUAAUGUAUAAGAAGAGAACGAAGAGACUGGUUGUUUUUGAUGCCCGUUGAAAUCUACAAAUGCAGAAAGAAAUCUUGACUUAGACUUGUUUUUUUCCGCAAACAUUUAAAAUGGCAUAGUCCGUUUGCCAUCGUUGAGCUUCAUGGAAAUUGCCCCACAUUGUUUCAGUCUAAAAUUAUAAAUUAUUACAAGAAUAAAAAGUUUAUUAGCAGUGUU